UUCUCGCCUUUUCAGGCGCUGCUACAGCCGCUACCGCUACGUGGCCGGGAGCUGCUUUUCAGUAUUGAGUUAUGCUGCUUGCGAGUGUGGUGCGUUGAAGUACUUGUCACAGCGCUGUUGUGCCAGAAUGAAACGUGUGUCAAAAGUUAUCUGAGAUAGCGAGUGUGUGGGGGAAAUGUUGCUUCUGUGAAUAGGGAACACCGUCCAUACUCGGCGCAGCGAUGUGCCGGGCGUUUAGUAAUGGACCUAGAUACCUCAACUCGUUGUCAUUUGAACAGUAGAAGCCGAAACCUUCUCUACAAGACUUUGAUCAGUUGAAAAUAUGUUAAAAAGUUUGACUGUUGCCUCAGGAAGAUGAUGAGACUUACCAUGUUGUGGAUACUGCUCCUGUUCAUCGUGAGCGUAGCCUCAGGACUGAAAUGCCACUGUGAUGUGUGCGGCAAAGAGGCCAACCACACAUGUGAGACUGAUGGCAUAUGUUUUGCUACAACCACUAAAACGAAGGGCAACACACUCACUCAUGAAUACAGGUGUCUGGACAAAAUAAAGAUGUUCCCUCCUGACAAUCCUGUGGUGUGUACAAAGUCAGGAUCAAACAAACCAACCAGUAUGGUCAUAAGCUGCUGCUCUGAUUAUGACUUUUGUAAUCGCGAUCUUCACCCCACCUUUCCUCCUGCCACAGAGGCCACAGGCGAACCCUUUGUGGGUAGUGGAAAGCUCAACACAUAUGAGUUGGCCUUUGCGAUAGCUGGUCCCAUCUGCAUAGUCAGCAUCAUCGUAAUGGUUGUGCUGUCACUGCGACAGCAGCGGCAGCGGCAGUACCGCUAUGAAGUGGAAAGCAGCCUGGAAAGUGAACCCAUACUGGUGCCACCAGGCCAGUCCCUAAAGGACAUGAUAGAAAUGACCACCUCUGGCUCUGGCUCAGGUCUCCCACUCUUAGUCCAGAGGAGCAUAGCACGACAAAUUCAGCUUGUAGAAAUCAUUGGUAAGGGACGGUAUGGCGAGGUGUGGCGUGGAAGAUGGCGAGGAGAGUCUGUUGCUGUAAAAAUAUUUUCUUCCCGCGAUGAGCGUUCCUGGUUUCGAGAGGUGGAGAUCUACCAGACAGUCAUGUUGCGUCAUGACAACAUCCUUGGCUUCAUUGCGGCUGACAACAAAGACAAUGGCACAUGGACCCAGCUGUGGCUGAUCACUGAUUACCACGAAAAUGGUUCGCUAUUUGAUUAUUUGACAAGAAUGCCCGUCGACACUGCAACAAUGUGCAAGAUGGCCUACUCCAUUGCCAAUGGGUUGGCUCAUUUGCACAUGGAGAUUCUUGGGACGCAAGGAAAGCCAGCAAUUUCCCACAGGGACAUCAAGAGCAAAAAUAUUUUGGUGAAAUAUAAUGGCACUUGUGCCAUUGCUGACUUGGGCCUGGCUGUGCGUUAUGACUCUGCUAGUAAUACUGUAGAUAUUCCUCCCAACCCUCGUGUCGGAACCAAGCGCUACCUGGCUCCAGAAGUACUCGACGAAACAAUCAACAUGAAUCACUUCGACUCUUUCAAGCGGGCGGACAUCUAUGCAUUCGGCUUGGUUCUUUGGGAAAUUGCCAGGCGGUGCAAUAUUGGGGGAAUCUAUGAAGAUUACCAGCUUCCAUAUUAUGACAUGGUGCCUUCUGAUCCCACCAUUGAAGAGAUGAAAAAAGUAGUCUGUACAGAUCGCCAGAGGCCAGCCAUACCAAAUCGAUGGCAGUCGUGUGAGGCACUGCGGGUGAUGUCAAAGAUCAUGAAGGAGUGCUGGUACCACAACUCUGCAGCUCGUCUCACUGCCCUUCGAAUCAAGAAAACAAUUGCUAACCUUGGUGCUCAGGAAGACCUCAAAAUUUGAGACUGCUACCAUCUGUGACGUUCGCUUGCUAGAGUGGUAUGAAUCAGUCUGACUCUUGGAUUGACUGCAUUCCUCGAAGAAGUAUGAUUGCUAGAGCCCACAGCACACUUACAGCCCAGAGUGUGUCAAUGGGAAAUGCGGACUUCGGCCAAAAAAAUCGUGUUCAGGGUACACUCAUGAUGGGCCUGAAAUCAUGGCAGCGAAAAUGAACAGUGGUGUGUCAUGUUCAAUUUGCGAACACUAGCGUGUACAGUCCUGCAGGAAACGAAAUGCUGUUAGUUGUAGAGCUGUGGUGCAUAGGGAAGGUGUGAGAUGCUACAAGGCUACAUUUCUAAUGCGACGUACGGAAAUUCCUGUGCCUUUUGCCGCGCUUCUGCGGACUGUUCGAUAGGGGAAAAGGCUCUGGCACCAACGGCCACAUCCUUCUGUCUCAUGUUCUCUUCAUCUCUCUUGCUCUCCAACAUUCUGAUUUGGGACUUCAUUACAGAGAUACAUGUGUGUGUGCGUGUGACUGCUUGGUGACACGGAGCAUUAACAUAUGUGCUAACUGCAGGGAAAAGCCAACACUAAGAUCCUGGGACAUAUAUCUGUAAUCUCCUGUUCAUUUUCUUUUCUUCUGUUUCCGUGGAGGUUACUACUCGCGUGUUUUUCCAUCCGACAUUCACCCGUUACACAAUGCUCUGGAACGUUACGUACCACCCAAGGACUGUUCUGCUCGAUCGUUUGUACAUAGCAGUCAACUGGCCUAGUGCUAGGCGUUUUGAUGAAACACGUGGAGCAAGCAGCUAAUGAAGAGUGGCAACAGUGAGGCAGCAAAGCCGUACGAAAUAAUGCUGCUUGAAAAAAAUGCUUGUCAUUAUACAGCAGUAUUUUGAAACAUGUUUUUAGUAUUUUUAAUUUCGUGUUGUGAGCAUGGUAGCUGGACGUGUAACAUAAAAAGCUGUGCAUGUAACCCACACGUACUUGGGUCGAGACCAAGAGUCUGGUGUGAAAUCCAGUCCGAACUACUAAAAGUACGAACAAAGGGGCGCAUGUCCUAGAAGGGCAGACCAUGUACUUAAAAGUGCUACGAAAAAUUGAUUAUGUGUUGAUGCUUAGCUUCCCGGUGGUUGUGUUCGGAAAGAGAGUUCUGUAUACAGUGAAGGCCACUUAUAAAUUGCCACUUUUAGCAUGCUUUGACUACCGUGCUUUGCUACCAUAAUGAGUUCCAGUGCGUGCACCUUUUAGUUUAUGCAUGAUGUAGCAGAGAGAGUUGCAUGCAGAAAAUCCUUGGGUAGUGCCUGUCUCUUAAAUAUUCUUGAGGCGGUGUUACUGUUAUGAGGCAACACCGACCAUUUGACGACUUCGCACCUCACUUGCGCAUACUUGGAGAUUUAUGACAAACAGAAUUGAGAAAUAAUGUGAGAUAUUUGUGUGCUUCCACAUUUCUUAACUUCCAGUUUGUAUUAUCAUGACACAGACCACAGUCAAGCUGAUUAGAUAAUGGGAGGCAGCUGUGCUGAAUCGAGUUACCCAGCUGGUAAUCCAGUUGAGCUCCUUUGUAGCUAUUUUGAUAUGACAAGAAUUCUGGCAUUGCUGUCAAAUCGGUUGGCUCCAACCACCAUAUUUUGCUUCUGUUUUGUAGAACUAACUUAGAGGGAUGUUUAGGGGGCACUUAAAGUAUUUGAAUAAACACAGAAGGAAGUGGAGUAGAUAAUACUUGCUGCUUUGGAAUUUUUUUUUUAUAAGUGGCCUUCACUGCAGUAUUGUAAUAUUGUAUACCUGUAGUGCCAACAGAAAACAGCCUCAACAUAAGUUAGGAAAAUGUUAUGCUGUAUCUCCGGUUAUGAAUUUUUAAGUGACACCCUCUGCAAACUGCAUUACAUGACAUCUUGUAUCACAGCUGUGCUGUGCAGUAGAAUGUCAUUACAGCACAUCUGAAAAUGUGUAUACAGUACCUAUAGGUUCUACCUUAGGUGCUUCAAUUGAUAUGAUUUUCAAACCCGUAAUUGGAACAGAUACGUUUCUUAUACGGCCUCGGUUUGGGUUUGGAUACAGAGCAUGUAGAGUCGGCUUUAGUUCAGUUCUACGACUGUAAAAAUAAGGGUACAAACCUGCUCAGCAAAGCUACACUUUUAUUUAGUUGACAUUGAUUGACAUUGAAGAUAUGUGAUAUCUUGAGAUCUGCAAAAUUAUCUGAGAUUCAAUAAUUUUGCAAGGAUUUAGCAUAAGGUGCUAGCGCAUAAAACCUGAAUGUUUAAUGAGGUGUCAAAACUACCGCCAUAUGACGAAGAAAUAUGACAUGUACAGAUAUUUAUAAUUUUUUAGCGGUGUAAAAUUGUUCAGAUCUCUGGUGGCAGUCAUUACAACACACCUGGCAGGAUAAACUACACCAAGAACUGGAACUCAACACUAAUAUAGCUGAAAACAAUUCUUGCUCAUAUAUAUAUACUCAAAAUCGAAAUGGGAUGAAGUAACAAGCAUUUACUACAAUUUUAUUUCUGAAUUUUUUAAUUAAUUUGGCUAACGAUGCAUUGGUGUGCUCUAAAGUCGAGCGCGCAUUCGUGAUUAGGCUGCGAACAUGAUCCUUCUGGCGUGCAGAAAACCCGUCUCUAGGUAACUGCGACCAACACAGUGAAAACCUGUCCCUUGUUUGCAAGCAGGAUUCCAUACUUGAGAAAGGUGGCGCAGACACAGUGGCUUUCCGUUCUUCCUCGUCUGAUCACUCACUACAGGCAGUCUCAUUAAAUUUUUGCAUCCUGUGUUUUCAAUGUAUUCAGCCCCCUGCUGUUUAAAAAAUACAUUUCAUUUAAUGAAAUACUGUAUGAACGUGGUACUUUCUUUUAAUUCGCCACUUACGUGGCUAAUGCCGUCAGUCUCCAUCAUGUGGCGGAAAAUGACCAGUGUAAAGUGAAGACUAGGUUGCAGUGAUCAUGAUUGUAUGCCGAUAUGGAGGUCAUACGUGAUUUUUUUUUGGGGGGGGGGAUUCUACUGUAAUGAAUGUUCUACUGCAAUACCAGCACACAACAGCUAAUGAAGGUUAUUGAAAAAAGAGUGGUACAUAUAAACCUGCACAUGAAUACAUGUGAACCUGUAGUACAUGCAAACCUAUUCACGAUUUUCAUAAUUUCUUCCAAAAUUGUUUAGUUUAACCUUGGAUGAUUCAGAUUGGGUCUUCACUCCUGCAAAUUGUGAGUGCAAGGUAAAUGAAGUGUUUUAAUGUCAGUUUAGAAAACAAGUCAAAGGUAACGAUGUGGUAACUGAAACUUUACAUUUUUUACAUUGUGGGAAUAAUAAGAGUGAGUUAGUCUGGUGCCUUACAUUUAAGCCUGGUGUGUCAUCAACACAAUUGGGACACAUAAUAUUAACAUCUUCUGGAUUGUGCUAGCUGAUGGGGCACAUCAUAUAGUGUACCGUGAUUAUAAAAAUUGAUUAUUUCUGUACUGCAUAGAAGUUUUACUAAAAAUAUUAGUCUCCUAUUCCAGGAUUAUUGUGACAGACAGUGCCCCCACAGUGUAGCUUGGAAAGUGGGCUUGGUUUGGUUUACCAGUGUAACUGUAAUCAUUUAAUGGUCACAUGAAUUGUACAUGCAAAGUGACACUUCAUUUUUCCAGGACUAUUUAUUCGAAAUAACAAACCGUACACAUGCCUUUUCUUGUUUGAAACCUGAGAUGUUGCUUGUUUGGCUCCUUUCCACUGUCACGUUCGGCUCUGCUAAUACUUUUGGUCCUUCUGAAUGUGAAAUGUGGUGGCAAAGCUACCCACCAGAAUUUCCUUUGUGCGUGUGUCUGAAAUGUCUAGAAUUUCUGUGUUUGACGUUCCCUAUGAGGAAGAUAAAUUGCACAAGACAUGAUGGCAAGUGUUGAUAUUGCAACCAAAUUUAGACAAGUGAUUCAAUGUUGUGACACCACAUGCUGCUGGUGCCAGGCUGACCAAUGGAUUCUCAAAGUUGGUGGCAUUCUUUGAUGCGAAGUUGGAAAUUGUUGAUGAUGACGUAAUCAUGGUCUGCAUUGAACGAGGGAUUCAGUGUGGAGAAAGCAUGAACUCCUACCCACAACCAUACCAUUUCUAACAACCAUUUUUAAAAAUUAGCGAGGUUGUCCUUGAUCAACCUUUUCUUUUUCAUGCUGUUGGGAGUUUGAGGGCCUCUCUCAGUUGACUUGAGUACAAAAUGGUACUGUCGUGUACCUGACACAUUUUUUGGGUAAAAAUCAUAAUAUACUUAACCAUAUUGCUGUCAGAGAACAUUUGUAAAUUAUGACUCAGGAGGAACCUUUUGGUUUGUCAGUACCACAUCGCUAUACUCGGUGUCUGUGAACCAAGGUGUAAAAAAAUAACAUGCGUGUAUAUAUCUGUUCAUCUGUACAGUAUCAUUUUAAUCAGGUGCUAUCCAUGUACCCUCACCUGUGCACUGCAGGGCUGUGACUCAUCAUUGGCUCCUCUUUGGGUGGCUGCUACCAUUGGCAUAGUCUUAUGAGUUGUUACUUUGUUUCUCUUCUUUUCUUCAUGCCUUCAUCGUCUUUGGCACUGUGGCUCAUUUUUGUAGCUUGGUUUUCAUUAAAGGCAUCUGUAGUAGACCUA